AUGUCAUCAAUACCACCCUUACCAAGCUACAUAAAAGACACCAAGUUUAUAAUCUUAGCCACCAUAACCGUUCAAGAUGAUCAAACCGAUCAAAUCAAAUCAAAGUUAUUAAAUAUUCAAAAAAAAGCAAAGAGUGAUGAAGAACCAGGUACAUUAAGUUAUCGAGUUCAUCAAUCAUUUGAAACUCCCAAUAAGUUUACAAUCUAUGAAGAAUACGAAAAUAAAUCAGGACUAGAAUCUCAUUUAAAAUCCACCGAAUUUCAAGACCUAAUGAAACUUCAAUCAAGUUUUUCAUUAGAUUCAACUUUCUUACAAGAACUAUAA